AACGCGCCUGCGCACAAGCUGCCCUCUCCCUCCUCCGCCCUUCCUUCCCUCCGUCCCUCCUCCCCUGCCCCGCCUUCCUUUCUCUCUCUACGGUUUCAGUCACUGAGAGCUCCAGGUAGUGAGCAGUUCAGUCGAUUUCCUUGUUACCCCGCCCCCCUUUCUCUUGUCCCCACCCCUCUCAUCUGCCUGGUGGAGGAUGAAGCGGCUGCAGUGGCCCCAGCCUCAGCAGCGGCACCGGCGGUGGCUGCGGUGUGGGUGGCCGGAACUGGGGUGGUGAAGAAGCGGUGGUGGCUGCUGAAGGAGCGAUAGCCACCUAAGCCUCUUUCCCUGUGCUUCCUUUCCUCUUUAGUGCAGCCAGGAAGUUUUCGCUUCUGUACAUGUGUUUGUGUGCGUGAGUGUGGGUGUGUGCCGUGAGGUUUGGGUGGCGUUUGUGCAGGCGUUGGGUUUUUUGCCCACUUCGCUUCCCGUAACCCAAGCAGCUCCGGAGCCUGGGCUGUGGCCCUAGGAGGGGGCGCGGCGGCGGGCUCUCUCCUUUUGUUGUUGUUUCCUCCGCCUGGGGAGCUGAAGGGGAGACGCGUCUGGGUGGGGCGGCUCGGAGCCCGGGCCUGGUGGCCCCCGGGGCUCCCGGGCGGGCAGGGUAGGGCAGAGUAGAGCGGGCUUCAACAUGAUGGCGGCCGAGGCCGGCAGUGAGGAGGGCGGCCCGGUAACAGCCGGAGCUGGAGGAGGCGGCGCGGCAGCGGGCUCCAGUGCCUAUCCCGCAGUGUGUCGGGUGAAGAUACCCGCGGCCCUGCCUGUGGCAGCCGCCCCCUAUCCUGGGCUGGUGGAGACCGGAGUGGCUGGAACUCUGGGUGGCGGAGCCGCUUUGGGGUCAGGGUUCCUAGGAGCCGGGUCUAUGACAGGGGCAUUGGGGGGAGCCGGACUGACAGGGGGAGGUACUGCUGCUGGCGUGGCUGGUGCUGCUGCUGGCGUGGCCGGUGCUGCUGUCGCUGGACCUAGUGGAGACAUGGCUCUCACCAAGCUGCCCACUUCGUUGCCUGCUGAGACUCUCGGGCCAGGCGGCGGUUUUCCCCCUCUGCCCCCUCCCCCUUACCUGCCCCCUUUGGGGGCGGGCCUGGGGACAGUGGACGAAGGUGACUCUCUGGAUGGACCAGAAUACGAGGAGGAAGAGGUGGCCAUACCAUUGACCGCUCCUCCAACUAACCAGUGGUAUCACGGAAAACUUGACAGAACAAUAGCAGAAGAACGCCUCAGGCAGGCAGGGAAGUCUGGCAGUUACCUUAUAAGAGAGAGUGAUCGAAGGCCAGGGUCCUUUGUACUUUCAUUUCUUAGCCAGAUGAAUGUUGUCAACCAUUUUAGGAUUAUUGCUAUGUGUGGAGAUUACUACAUUGGUGGAAGACGUUUUUCUUCACUGUCAGACCUAAUAGGUUAUUACAGUCAUGUCUCUUGUUUGCUUAAAGGAGAAAAAUUACUUUACCCAGUUGCACCACCAGAGCCAGUAGAAGAUAGAAGGCGUGUACGAGCUAUUCUACCUUACACUAAAGUACCAGACACUGAUGAAAUAAGUUUCUUAAAAGGAGAUAUGUUCAUUGUUCAUAAUGAAUUAGAAGAUGGAUGGAUGUGGGUUACAAAUUUAAGAACAGAUGAACAAGGCCUUAUUGUUGAAGACCUAGUAGAAGAGGUGGGCCGGGAAGAAGAUCCACAUGAAGGAAAAAUAUGGUUCCAUGGGAAGAUUUCCAAACAGGAAGCUUAUAAUUUACUAAUGACAGUUGGUCAGGUCUGCAGUUUUCUUGUGAGACCCUCAGAUAAUACUCCUGGUGAUUAUUCACUUUAUUUCCGGACCAAUGAAAAUAUUCAGCGAUUUAAAAUAUGUCCAACACCAAACAAUCAGUUUAUGAUGGGAGGCCGGUAUUAUAACAGCAUUGGGGACAUCAUAGAUCACUAUCGAAAAGAACAGAUUGUUGAAGGAUAUUAUCUUAAGGAACCUGUACCAAUGCAGGAUCAAGAACAAGUACUCAAUGACGCAGUGGAUGGCAAGGAAAUUUAUAAUACUAUCCGUCGUAAAACAAAGGAUGCCUUCUAUAAAAAUAUUGUUAAGAAAGGUUAUCUUCUGAAAAAGAGCAAAGGAAAACGUUGGAAAAAUUUAUAUUUUAUCUUAGAGGGUAGUGAUGCCCAGCUUAUUUAUUUUGAAAGCGAAAAACGAGCUACCAAACCAAAAGGAUUAAUAGAUCUCAGUGUAUGUUCUGUCUAUGUCGUUCACGAUAGUCUCUUUGGCAGGCCAAACUGUUUUCAGAUAGUAGUUCAGCACUUUAGCGAAGAACAUUACAUCUUUUACUUUGCAGGAGAAACUCCAGAACAAGCAGAGGAUUGGAUGAAAGGUCUGCAGGCAUUUUGCAAUUUACGGAAAAGUAGUCCAGGGACAUCCAAUAAACGCCUUCGUCAGGUCAGCAGCCUUGUUUUACAUAUUGAAGAAGCCCAUAAACUCCCAGUAAAACAUUUUACUAAUCCAUAUUGUAACAUCUACCUGAAUAGUGUCCAAGUAGCAAAAACUCAUGCAAGGGAAGGGCAAAACCCAGUGUGGUCAGAAGAGUUUGUCUUUGAUGAUCUUCCUCCUGACAUCAAUAGAUUUGAAAUAACUCUCAGUAAUAAAACAAAGAAAAGCAAAGAUCCUGAUAUCUUAUUUAUGCGCUGCCAGUUGAGCCGAUUACAGAAAGGGCAUGCCACAGAUGAAUGGUUUCUGCUCAGCUCCCAUAUACCAUUAAAAGGUAUUGAACCAGGGUCCCUGCGUGUUCGAGCACGAUACUCUAUGGAAAAAAUCAUGCCAGAAGAAGAGUACAGUGAAUUUAAAGAGCUUAUACUGCAAAAGGAACUUCAUGUAGUCUAUGCUUUAUCACAUGUAUGUGGACAAGACCGAACACUAUUGGCCAGCAUCCUACUGAGGAUUUUUCUUCACGAAAAGCUUGAAUCGUUGUUGUUAUGCACACUAAAUGACAGAGAAAUAAGCAUGGAAGAUGAAGCCACUACCCUAUUUCGAGCCACAACACUUGCAAGCACCUUGAUGGAGCAGUAUAUGAAAGCCACUGCUACACAGUUUGUUCAUCAUGCUUUGAAAGACUCUAUUUUAAAGAUAAUGGAAAGCAAGCAGUCUUGUGAGUUAAGUCCAUCAAAGUUAGAAAAAAAUGAAGAUGUGAACACUAAUUUAGCACACCUAUUGAACAUACUUUCAGAGCUUGUGGAGAAAAUAUUCAUGGCUUCAGAAAUACUUCCACCGACACUGAGAUAUAUUUAUGGGUGUUUACAGAAAUCUGUUCAGCAUAAGUGGCCUACAAAUACCACCAUGAGAACAAGAGUUGUUAGUGGUUUUGUUUUUCUUCGACUCAUCUGUCCUGCCAUCCUGAAUCCACGGAUGUUCAAUAUCAUCUCAGAUUCCCCAUCUCCUAUUGCUGCAAGAACACUAAUAUUAGUGGCUAAAUCUGUGCAGAACUUAGCAAAUCUUGUGGAAUUUGGAGCUAAGGAGCCCUACAUGGAAGGUGUCAAUCCAUUCAUCAAAAGCAACAAACAUCGUAUGAUCAUGUUUUUAGAUGAACUUGGGAACGUACCUGAACUUCCGGACACUACAGAACAUUCUAGAACGGACCUGUCCCGUGAUUUGGCAGCACUGCAUGAGAUUUGUGUGGCUCAUUCAGAUGAACUUCGAACGCUCAGUAAUGAGCGUGGUGCACAGCAGCACGUACUGAAAAAGCUUCUGGCUAUAACAGAACUGCUUCAACAAAAACAAAACCAGUAUACAAAAACCAAUGAUGUCAGGUAGCAGCCUUCGCCCCAGUGUUCUGCAUGGAUUCAUCAUGCCCAACAUGGUAAUUCACUUCAGUAUAAUAUCUCCUUUGCUCUUGCCAAAAAAUAGCACACUUUUCCACAUUCCAAUGAUGUGUGAGCUAUGCAAACAAAAUCCAAGAUUCUGCUAGUGCAUAACUAUGCCAGCAACCUUGUAAGCUAUCUGUGCAGGAUAUUUGCACUAUUUCCACAUGGAAUCAAUCUUUAACAACCUCUGAGCCUUGGUGUACAGAUCACCUUUCACAAAACAAAAUGCUAUGACUGUAUCUUGAACUUUGAAAAUAUAUUUUCAGUACACCCAGUUGCCAAAGUUUUGCUGUCUCUUAGAGAAAGAACUAUGAAAUCAACUGACACAUUCUCUUAUUGACAAUUGUGUAUAACUGGAUUGCAGACUGUUCUUACUGUAACUACUUCCUGAUUAGGAAUAUGACCAUUUGACUGUUCAAUGAUUAUUUGUAUUUACAGUUUCCAGAGUUUGUCAUUAUAAUAGGAACAAUCUUUGCUGUAUACUUUUAAAAAAUACUGUGCUAUUUCUCUUGCUGGAACUGUUGAAAGAAAAUAUAUAGAAUGAUCUAUUGCUCAUCAGCUUUAUUUUUUAAACAUACUACUUAUUUUGUUGAAAUUGUCAAAGACUGUAUUUAGAUCUCAUAAUGCUUUGUUAAAUGUUUACAACAGUAAAUAGUUUGAAUUCAGUAAAUAUUAUUGGUUGUUGUAUUGAUCAAUGCAUGUUACCCCUUCAUUUCAUAGACUACCAGUUUCUUUUAUGUUAACUAGAAUGUUAAAAGUUAUUUGUUCAUUAUUUGUGCUACCCUACCCCUUUGAUUAUGCAGACAAACCUCAUCAGCUGCCUAACUUAUCCAUCUUUGAACUUCUGACUACUUGUUGUAUCUGCUGGACAUUUAGUUCAACUGUAUAGUUUUAUUUACUUCUGUAUGUGUAUUUUUGUGAAGUAUUCACAAAGGUUAAGUUAAAAUAAAACCAAGGGAUAUCUUGCAUAAUUGA